AAUGAUGAAUAAAUGCUUAUAAACAUGCUAUAAUAAAUUACAAUGAUAAAUUAAAAUACCCUGAAAUUACCCAUAAAUAAGUUGUAGAAAAACCAUUAGAAAAACGGUCACAGACCCCGGGUGCUCGGGUUUAUGCUCGGGUUUUAGGAUGGUUUUAGGCCAUAUUUAGAUAAUUUAUAGGGAUGCAGGAUAAUUACCGUCGUCAAUGGAUUUUAGUGUUCUCAUUUAUUUAGUGUUGAUUAGUGUAUCCUUGUUUUAUACAAGGGUGUUAUAAACAAAAGUUUAAAACUGGUUUCAAACAACAAUUAACAAUUUUCAGUUGAGAAUGGUUUGCAUCUUGGGUUUGCAUAAUGUAUCAUCUGGCAGUUCUUGGUAUCAAAUGGAAAGAAAUUUAUUCAGUGAUGAUUCAGUGUUAGGAUGUUAAAUCUAUGCGGGUUUUCAGUCACCCUAACUUUUUUCUGAUAUUUCUAAAUAAAAAAAUUUGGAAUGGAGGCAAACAAAGAAGUUACAAUAAAUUGUGAUUUGUUAGACGACAAUACUGGCGAUUCUGAUCUCAUCAUAGAUGAAGAUUAUUAUGAUAUUCCAGAAAAAAAUGUAAUUAGCAGUGAUCAUGAAAUGGAAAAAAAUGUAAAUAACAGUAAUGAAGUACUCAAAUUGAAUAAUUAUAUCGGUAUUAAAUCUGAAGAAACAAAUUUGUCUCGAGUUUCUCCAAUUGUAAUAUGUGAUAGUGAAGAUUCAGAUGUGCAAGAUAUGAAAAAGUCAUGUACACACAGUAUCUCUCAGAAUAAAAUUUGCCCAGGUGAUACUAAAAGGAAAGUAAAAGAUACAUUAAAAAAUAGUUCUAAAUGCAUUUCUAAAUUAAAAGAAGAGGUAGUAAAACUUAAAAAUAAACUUUCAUCUGGAACACAAAUGGUAGAAAAAAAUGAAACAGAGGAUAAUCAACUUGGAGAUGACGAACCAAAAAAAUAUAAAUGCCCACUUUGUCCAUAUUCAAGUAGUUUUUCAUCAACAAUAUUCCAUUUUAAAGUUCAUGGAAAGAAACAUGACCAAUUACAAGGCGUAUUUGAAUGCCCAAUAUGUCACGUAUAUGUGAAGAAAUUGCCACGACAUGCAAAAUAUCAUCUUAAAUCAGUUAUGCCUAGAAGACGUAGAGAAAAGAAAUAUGUAAGCAGGUUGAAACAAAAAUGUUCAAUCACAAAUUAUGAGCCACAGGUUGAAAUUAAGAUCAAAAAUGAUAAAUUCUAUUUGAAGUAAACCUCAAGGAAUAGAACAUAAUAUAGUAGCAAGUAGCAACGAUAGCAACUAUCAUUCUGUCGAAAAAACGACGACAUAGUGGCCUUUGAAAUGCCGAAUUUAUUAACAACUAGCUGUGUGACCCAGCUAAUGCUAAUAACUGAUGGACUGAAUGAACUGGAAUUAUGAUACUAAUCGAUUUGAAAUUUUUUGUCAUUUGCACACUAAAUUUUUUCGUUCCAGAUUUUGAUUCAAGUAUUUUCUAUAUAUGUCAAUAUCUUUCUAGAUUUGAAUAGGCUAUUUUCCAAUAUUUUCAUUCGAAACUCUAAAGGUACUUGGAAGAAAAU